AAUAAAGACAUCCUGUUAUACUUCUUUUUAUCGUAAUGGUGCCAACCCUCUAUAAAUCCACUCCAUAAAUAACGUUGGGUAUUUUAUCAGGGAGAAAAUAAAUGUGUCAUUACUAUAGCAGCUGGAAGAGAGCCCAAGGGCAACCCGCCAAAUAUGACGGGGGCGUGGAACAGGAAAUGAAGCUCGGGUAUAUUUUCAGCAGCACUCUCUCGUUGCUUUCAUUUCUUCAUCAUGAGCGGCCGAAGCAGACCUCGUAUGGCAAAGAGUCCUGACUUGAGAACUAAAGAGAUGAAACAUGCAUGUCCAGUGCAGUGUCCAGAGCUUAAGGAGGAGAAGCAGAAAAAAAUACCCAAGACAACAAAGACCCAGGAUCUCCAGAAGUCAAAGCAUGCUGAAGAGAAGCCACCUGUGGAGGAAACCGCUGAAGGAAAGGGAGCCAAACAUUUGAUGAGGGGUAGUAACGAGGAGCGGCGGAUGCCAACAGAAGGAACCAAAACCUGUUCCAACGGGUCUAAGUCUGUGAGAAAACCUCCAGGGGAUUACCUGGAUGCACAGCUUGAGAUAAAAACAACCAUAACGCUGCCAGAGACACCGAAGAAGUUCUCACAGGCGUCUCUGGAAGCCCCUGAACCUCAAGAGAGCAGUCAGACAGAAUCCCAGACAAACUCAGUGAAGGUCGCAGCAAAAAUGCGGGGGAAACAAUUGGAGAAGGCAGGGCCCCGAAGAGCAUCAGCAAAGAAAAGCAAAGCAGCUGCUGAAAAGUUCAACAAUGAAGAAUGUGCUGACAAAGAUGCUCAGAAGAUGCCGAAGGCAAGAGCAGAUUCAGCCGACUACUCUGUCCUACGGGACACUCUAGACAAGUUGAAGAUUAAGAAAAAGGACCAAUCAGAAACAAGUAAAGUUGUGAAUGACUUCAUCAAAAAUUUAAGAAAGUAUUUAAAAGCAGAAACCGUGUGUUUUAAAGAAGUGGAGGAGCCUCUGCGCACAGGAAGCUAUUAUGAAAACUUAAAGAUCUCAGAUCCUGAUGAGUUUGACAUCAUGCUUCCCAUGCCGGUGGAGCGAGUUGACAUUAAGCCCUUUGGGACGGACGGCGCCUUCUAUACCGUGGCACUAAAGCGUGGCGGGAGCCCUUUGCUGAAGUUUCAGCAGAAUGAGGUUCUGUCUGCAAGCGAAAUGCUUAAAGAGUUCAGAGAAGCAGUGAAGAAAUUUGCCAAAAAAUUUCCAGAUCCAGAGUGGAAGAUGGAGCCAAAGAAGAGAGGUUGCCCUGCAGUGACCCUGACCAGAGAAGUGGCCUCAGCCACCAUUUCCCUCGACGUGGUUCUCUGUCUCAAAGUGAAAUCCAGUUGGCCGUCUUUUACCAAGGACGGCUUCAAAAUUGAGCCGUGGCUUGGAACUAAAGUAAAACAGGAGUACAAAUGGGAACCUUACUACCUUGUGCCAAAAUACGAAGGCAGCGGCAACGUGGAAAGCAACGGGGUUCAGGCCAAAGAUGCUUGGCGAGUGUCAUUCUCCCACGUUGAGAAGGAUAUUAUGAAGAAACAUGGAUCGGAGAAGACGUGCUGUGAAAAAAAGGGAGCAAGCUGCUGCAGAAAAGGCUGCCUGAAGCUUCUCAAGCAUCUUCUGCAUCUGCUGAAGGAGAGCAACUCUUCCUUUGACAAGUUCUGCUCCUACCACGCUAAGACUACGUUCCUACACGCCUGCUGCUCCAGAACUAAAGACGGGGAGUGGGAGGCGUCGCUUCUGGGUCGCUGCUUCAACCUGCUCCUGCAGGACUUUGAAGGUCACCUGAGACAUCGCAAGCUCCAGAACUUCUUCAUCCCCGGCCAGAACCUGCUCUCUGCUUCACCGAUGAAGGUGUGCAGCGAUCUGGCCGACUCCAUCAGGAAGGAGCGUGAAAAUGGUUUUCCCAUCUUUGUGAAAUAUCUUGAUAACCCACAUUAAGUGUUCAGUGUUCUGCUGAGGGGUUUAACAUUUAUCCCAACUCAGGUUCACUGCAGGUUUUAAUAAUUUUAAAGAUCACAAUUAGAUCUAUAUUUAUAAUUAUGAAUGUUCAGAGGCUUUUCUUUAGACUUCAGCUGAAGUUGGGUUUGUAGUAGUACUAGU